AUGAACGACGCAGCGCAUGUGCUGCCGCGUCUCGGUGAAGCGCAGAAGCUGAUAUCGAAAUGGUGUCAGCCCGGGGCGUUGAUGCUCCCCGACAUCAAGGCGCGACUUCCACCGCGUGAUGCGCCGUAUGAAGAGCAUACGCAGCCAGACGAUGCGUGGACCGGCUUCCGGAUCCAGCGCCGUCUUCCGAUCCCGAGCAUGGUCUUUGAUACGAUCACGAGCCGCGCGCCUACUGCGACGCUAGCGCUAUUCCCGGUGAUUGGACGUGCGUGCAUUACGGUGGAGCACCGACUGUACUUGUGGGACUAUGCGAAUGGUAGACAAAGUGCGUUUGAGUAUUAUGAACUGCCCUCCGACGAGAUUGUUCUCUCCGUUGGUUUGGUGCGGGCCCGUCCAGGUGUCUUUAUUGAUGCCAUUCAGCAUGUGCUGGUGCUCUCGACGGGCCCCAGUGCCACGGAAGGACGGCGUGUAACGUUGCUGGGCGUGGAGGUGCUGGCCAAACCAGACAAGGGCGGCGCUGGCAUCAAGCUGUACGAGACGGGGAUGAACGCCUCGACCAAUGGUGUGGUGAUGCGCGAUCUACAAGCCACAGACGAUGGCCGCGUCUUUGGUAUCGGCAGCGACCACUGUGUGCAUGAGCUGGUAUACCAAGCCACUGAGUCAUGGUUCCGUGCGCGGUGCUACUUGUACAAUGUCACGCAGCCACACCUCGCGAACCUUCUUCCUUCCUUCUUCAAGAGCGAGAAGAAGAUCCGGCAUAUGACCGUCGACAGUGCUCGACAGCUGCUCUAUGUACUGCGCGAUGGCGAUCAAAUCGAUGUGUACGCCUUGCCAUCGCGUGAUGCCUCGCGGGCGCCUACGCACACGGGCAGCAUGUAUGGCGUGGCGCGGCAGGCAGGGCUGCUCCAUUCACAGCAGGAUGUCGGCCCCAUUGUGUGGAUCUCUCCGACCGAGCUCGAUCCACGAUCGCCUGUGGUGCUUGUGGCUGUGACAGAGCGUGGCUACCGUAUCUACUUUGAUGAUUUCCAGCGCCGCUCGUGGGCCCAACUGGCUGUUCGUGCCCCGCCUGGUCAGCCACGGAUGACGACGCCGCCGUCGGCGAUGGGUCUGCUGUCCCAUGGCAUGGCGCCCGGCGUGGCGGAUGCAGCAGCUACGACGCCAUCCCAACGUCGCGCUACGGCCGCAUUGUACGCACGCGGCACGUUCUUGUGUGCGUUUUCUGCGAACGAUACAUCUUCGAGUUUGUACGCUGUUCAUCCAUCGUCGCCAGCGACUAGUGCCAUGCUGACCUAUGCUACCGGCAAUGGUCAUGCCUGGCAGGAAAGUGCGACGUGCCUCUCGCUGGGCCGAGGCGGUAGCGCGCCUGUGCUCGCUGAAGCGCCCCCUGCGUCGCCCCAAGCUGGUGCGCCGCUUCGGCCAUGUGCCGCCCAAACCGUGGUGCCUGCGCGUGUCUUCUUGGUGCUGGAUUCCCAUGGUCUCACUGAGCUGGUGGAACGGCGUCCUGCGGACAUUAUGCGCAGCUUGCUGGGCCAGGCCGGCACGGCUAGUGGCGGAAGUGUCAGCAGUGCACAGGCCAUGGCAGCGGCGCCAGCGAUGGUCGACUUUUUCUCACGGCAUGGUCCUGUGGAAGCCAGUUUGUGUGCCCUGACGCUGGCUGCCAGCAAUACCUUCUGUGCUGCAUCGACACCGUCGCCCGACAGUGACGACGUAGCGCACGCUCUGCGACUCUUUUUCGGACCUCUCGGAGGUUGGCCGGCAGAGCAACGCAUGCCAGGGCUCACUGCCCCUGCCAAGUCGGCGCGGUACGAAGCGCUGGCGUGCUAUGUCGCGUGCCUUGUGCGGCCCGUAUGGCAGGAAGUGCUCGUCCCCGCCUCGUUCCUGCAGUCGAAAAAGGCAGACUUGCCGCCCGUCCUUGCACAGCAGCAGCUUGCGUCGAUGCUCGCGAACCUUGCGCCCCUCCAGGCGUUUAUGCAGCGUCAUACGCAGCUGUUUGAAGAGGAGGCGACAGAGCGCGACGAUGUCCACAAACUGCAUAUGCUCGUCCAACGCACGAUAGAGGCGGGUCACUUUGUGCUAUUUUUGGCGGAUCAUCAGCUGCGCACGAUUGCCGAGGCCCUUCCGGCCGAGGCUCGUACGCAGUUCACGACGCUGACACUCUCUGAUUUGGUCGUGACAGAGCGCGGACGUGCCUUGGCUCACCAACUUGUUACAGCGCUGAUCGCGUCGCAAAGCGGCGCGCGAGCCAGUGUUGAUGCAAUGGCGGAGGCCUUGCAGGCGCGGUGCGGCAGUUUCUGCAACGCGGAUGAUGUGCGUCAGUACAAGGCGUCAGAGUGCUUGCGGCAGGCCUCCGAGUACGACGCGCGUCGUCGUUCGGAGGGGGGCACGUCGGCAUCGUCACGUGCUGCGAUGGACGAGGCGCUGCAAGCGAGUCUGCGACUCCUCUUGCCGUCCUCGACGCCGCUGGGAUGGGAGACGCUCGAAGAGGUAUGUGCGACAUACCAGCGGCUAGGGUUCGCCCGUGGCGUCGUAACGUUGGUCCUGGCGUGUGCCCGUGCCGCGGAUCCAGCGCAGCUGGCCGUGGCGUUCCGCGCGGAUGGGUGCCCAGCAGACGAGCCCAACUCGCAUCGCCAGGCGCUGUACACGCUGCGCCGACGUAUGUAUGCCCUAGCUCUGGACGCGAUUCAGUCCUUGCGUGAAAGUCCCACCGACGCGGAGCGCACCGCCGCGCAUGAUGAGGCCAUGGCCCUCGCGGUAGCGAGCGACGAUGCGCUCUUCCAUGAAGAGCUGUACACGUACCUUUUGCAGCAAGGACGUACCUCUGAGGUGCUCACACUGCACACGCCCUAUGUGGCUGACUUUUUACGCGGCACGCCGGUGUUGCUGGAUGGGGAAGAUCGUGCGACGUACGAGCGGCGUUUGCGUGACUUGCUGUGGCAGUGGUACGUCCGUCAGGGUGACUGCUUGGCCGCGGCAGAGACGCUCGAUGCGUUGGCACAUACGGAGAUGUACCCACUGCGCCUGCAUGAGCGAAUUGAGUACCUGGCCCUGGCUGUGGGCAAUGCCAAGUCGGUGCGUCCCGCCGAUGCGGUGCAUGUGCCCGACUUGGUCGGCCUCGCGACGCAGUUGGAAGAGGACUUGGAGGUGGCUCAAGUCCAGGCGAAGGUGCUCAGUGCCUUGCCGCCGCUCGAGACAUGGGAUUGCGAGCCGGCAGAACGUGCAAUGCUGGAAGAGCGUGUGCAGCGGCUGCACGACACGCUGCUGGAUAUUACGACGCUGUACAAGGAAGUGGCGGAGCCGUUUGGCUUGCUGGAAGAGCAGCUGUUGAUGCUGCAUACAGCGCAAUACCAGGACCCGGCCCUUGUGGCGCGUCUGUGGGAAGCACUCAUCGCGCGGGAACACAAUGCAAGUGCCCCGGCGCAGGCGCACCAGGCGGUCGCCGCCAUGGUCACCGACGUGUAUGUGCGAUUGGGCGGCUCGGACGUCGCGUGCCCUCUCGAUACGGUGCUGGCGCUGGUAGAGCGGUAUGCAUACGAUACCUGCACGGCGGCUCAGGGCCACGUACCUUCGACGAGCUCGCUGCUGGACUGGGACGCGUUUGCACAGCAUGACGUGCCGCUCUUGCCGGCGGGAUGGGCGUCCUUGGUGCUCUGGGAGGCUGGGGCCCCUGCCGAGGCGCUUUUGCAGGUUCUGCAGGGCCUGCUCACCACGGCCCCGACGCCGUGGAAUACCCAUGGAGGUGUCGGGUUCCUCCUCCCUGACAUUGUGGCAUUGGUCCAGGCAUGGCUACGCAAGUGGGAUCAGGAACCGACCGGGACGUUCCCGGCUCACCUCGUCGAGCAAAUGCUCAACGAUACGAUCCUCAAACUUCAUACACGCCGGUACACACGUGCUGGUACAGACCUCGAGCAGCUCCUGGAGCAGGCCCAGCUGCUUGUCGAGCGUGUGCGUCGUCACUUUUAG